ACAGUUGUUUCUACUUCAGGCUGCAGACAUGAGGAUUUGGAGCAGGAAGAUGAAGUCGAAGAAGAAGAGGAGGGUGAAGAGGUAGAUGAAGAAUGCGACGAUGAUGAAGCGGAUGAAUCGUUGAGUGACGAAACUCGGAUGCUUCGCCGUGCUCAUGCAACGGCGUUGGCACGUCGGGCUGCUGCUGAUGCUGCGGCUGCAGCAGAAGCGGCAGCUGUCGCAGCAACCGGCGACGUGAUGCCCUUGGCGGUGAGGGCAACAGCAUCAUCGUCAGUUGCCAAUCCUCUCCAGACAGAAGCUGGCCAAACAAAUGAGCCGGCUUGUAGACAGCUCCACUCAAGCCCAACUUCCGUCUCCUCGGAGACUGGAGAGAUAGGAAGUGGUAAUGAGGUGAAGUCGACAGUGGUCGCAGCGACUGGCGUAAACUCGGAUGGAUACGAAAACUCUGAUUCACCUCCUUCGAUUAUUACUUGCGUAAGAUAA